AUGUCAAAAAAGGUUGAUGAAAAAGGUAAAUCAAAAGAGGUUGUUGAUGAAAAAGGUAAAUCAAAAGAGGUUGUUGAUGAAAAAGGUAAUUCAAAAGAGGUUGUUGAUAAAAAAGGUAAUUCAAAAGAGGUUGUUGAUGAAAAAGAUAAUUCAAAAGAGGUUGUUGAUGAAAAAGGUAAUUCAAAAGAUGUUGUUGAUGAAAAAGGUAAUUCAAAGGAAGUAGGUAUAU